UUGCACUGGAAAAUGAUAUCUUUAUUCAUUUUGGGUAUUACUAUGAUUACAUAAGUGUGCGUGGGCACGGAUUAUUGAAUGCUCUACAACAGGGGGUAUGUUUUGCGUAUGUACGAUCCCUGGUCUGUACGCGCCUGGGGCACAAGGUAUGCUUUUCAGCCGACUUGCGACCCGCUUCCUUGCCGCGCCGCGACGCUCUCCCGUGACCUCGUUGGCCCAAAGUCGGACACAAGCGCGUGCGGCGUUGCACAUGCGUUAGACGCGCUGGGGAGAGAACCGUUUUCGCUCUCCAAGCAGCUGGUCAAUGUCGCGGUGGUAGAGUAUCGCCCGAGGUUCAUCACCCAACAAGGCCGACCAAGGUCUUCUUGCGGACCUUGAGGAAUGGAGGGACAGAACCUAGCGUGUAUGCGCUCGGCAUACUCGCUAGUUCAGGCUAAGGGUGAAUAGCUCGUUGGUCUGUUGUCUUCAUUCCCUCGGCGAAAAGUCAAAUAUCGGGUAAGGCCGCCCUCGUCGGCAAGAUAAAGUCCCUCAGCAGGGAGCCAGCUUCUAGAUUCACGCGUCUUGUGACUUGCAGUACUGGCUGCCGAAGUUCGUGAUGAGCUCUUUGUUUCCGUCUUUUGUUUUUGUACAUGUUGUUGUGGUUGUGAUGAUUGCCGGGGUGGCGGGGUAUAAACAGUUGGUGAUAAACGAAAGUUGGGGCUUGUGGGGCUCAAC